CGCAGCCGCGCGGAGCGGAGCGGGGCCGGGCCGGGCUGCAGAUGUGCUGCGGGGGAAGCGUGCCCCGGAACCCCCAUUUAAUCACCCUACUCCUGAAAAGCAGAGCACGAAAUGCCGUGUAAAGCCCUGCCCGGAGCCCCCGAGCCCGUCCUGCAGAAGUUGGUCUGUUUGUGGUAACACCUUUUUGCAUCGUUCUGUCCAAAAGAUAAAAAGAUGAAAGCCUCGGUCAUGCUUUGCAGCAAAUUUCAUGUAACAUACAAGGGGAACUGAAGCAGAAACCAAAGCCAAGGCAAAGCAGCAUCUGACCUUGUCACUGGGGGGCAGAAAACAGCCGCUGGUUCCACUGGUGCUUCAAUCAAGCUCCCUGGGCAAUGUGGAAUUGCAGAGAGCUCACAAAGUGCAAGUUCCUUCCAGGUCCGUAGGGUGAAUAAAAGUUGUUAAUUCUUGGCUUGAUUUGUCAUCCUUUGGGGGCAAAAAAAGGUAUGUCAGACUGGCAAUUAUACAGUUAGACCGAGCACAAGUGGAAGUGGGUUGCUCUGGAGAUGAGAGUGACUGAGGCCAGCAAAGCCAAGGAGAAGCCUGUUCAACUCCACAUCUACCCGGGAUUCCUUGGAGAGGUGAUAAAGUGAGUAAUAAGGAGAAGUGGGAGUUAUAAAGUGAAUGCGACAGCUCCAGCAGAACUUCUUCUCACUGCCACAUACGCUCGUUACAAAGCAACUAAUGUUAUUUGGAAAUCUAUUUGAGGAGAAAAUGCACUUUGAGCAUCUCUGCAGUUCUUGUGUCUGAAGCAUUGAUCAGGAGAAUCGGCAGCACAACGCCAACAAAGGAAAAGAGAAUAUGGUGAAGGCAGCUAAAGAAAUUCAAAUGGAGAACCCAAGAGAGGCAGAGACUCCCAGCACAGGGGCUACAUGUUCCCCACCAGAGGAACAAGCGAAAAAACCCUCUAUGCUCUGUUUUAAGAAGCAAAAGAAAUCCUGUAAGAAAGGGCUGACUGUGAAGGAUGCGUGCGAAGGAGCCUCAGAAGAGAAAAGCCAAUGUGUCAGCGCUGACCAAGAGGAGGCAAAAGCUUCCAAUCCAUCACGAUCCUCCAAAGGGACUUGGGCAGCCAUCAAAAACCUUGCCAAACCUCGGAGAAGGCAGAAGUCCUCCUCACGGAAGAAGGUGCCCUCUGAUUCCCAAGUGCAGCUGGAGGUGGAUGCUGAGGAGAGCUGUGCGCGAGACCUCCCAAAGAAACGGGCGAGCUCUGGGGUGAAGAUGCCCUGUGUGAGAUUCUCCAGAGGCAAGAAAAAACCCAGCCCCUCAGAAGCAGUGGAGGAGUCAGAGGGCAGUGUUCAAGCAAAUGAAAUGAUGGGUGUUGUGAAUAAGGCUAGUGAAGAGCUAGAGGAUUUGGCCCCGACGGACAAAUCUGAAUCCUUCAGCCCAGUCUCUGCACAGGAGGAGCGGGAUAUGGUGAAACAGGAUCAGCAUAGAAUGAAAGAGGAGAAGGACACGGUGAAAGAGGAUCAGGAUACAGUGAAGGAGGACCAGGAAAUGGGGAAGGAGGACCAGGAUACAGUGAAAGAGGACCACGAUACAGCAAAGGAAAGUGACACCUCUGUUGGGAAGAGUGAGCCCUUGACAGAGCCCACAUAUGAUGCAGAGGAACAUUCGGAGUGCACUGUUCAGUUGGAGAUAACCCAUUCAGAGACAGCUGAUGAAACAGCCCAGGACAAACUGCAGGAAGGGAGCCUACCCCAAAUCACCAAUGAUGCAAAGGGGAGGGAAGUUGCUCCCAAAGUGCCUGUUCCUAAAGACCAACAUGACAAUGUCCCUGAAAUCACAGAGUGGCAGGAAAUCCCUAAUAUCUGCAAAGAGAUGCCUGAAAGGGAUGAACUGGAAAAGAGCAUAAAUCUUCCCAAGGAGUGCAAAGCCGAGGAGUCUGUAACUGAUUUCAGUGAGUUGGCAUCAGGAGGUGAUGCAGCAAGUGUGCAGGANGCAGUGAGUGCACAGGAUGUAUCAAGUGUGCAGGAUGCAGUGAGUGCACAGGAUGUAUCAAGUGUGCAGGAGGCAGUGAGUGUGCAGGAAUGCUCCAGCCGUCAAAUAUUAGAAGCAAAUGCAGGUGCUGGUGUCAGCAUCGUCAUCACCAUCACCGAAGCUGAGGACUCCGACAACACCGACUCUGACCAGGCCUAUGAGCCGUCCCCAGUUUUGCGUCAAAAAAAGCAAAAAGGGAAUAAAAAAUCGAACAGGAAUGCUGAUGUUGGUGAAAAAGAGGGCCCCGAGGCUGGUGGCGGUCCCCAGGCAGAGGAGAAAGGUCUGGGUGACCAGGGGCACAGAACUGGGGAGCAGUACGAGUUGCUCCUUGUAGAAACCGCCUCUUCCCUCGUGAAGGCGGCCAUUCAGUCAUCCAUAGAGCAGCUGGUCAACGAAAUGGCCCUGGAACAGAAUAAACACAACAGCUUUCUGUGAUGGCAGCCUUGCCCCAGAGAGAAAGAGUAGAGGGAGUGAUUUCAAGCUCCAUUUGGCCUGCGGGGUGUGUGGAGAACUCGGAGAGCUCCCGGGGCCGAGGUGUAGUUAAUUCUGCAUGCCCGUUCAGUUGUGUGUCUACGUGGAGCGGAUCCUGGGAUGUGGGCAGACCCUGCUGAGUGCAGUGCAUCCCCUGGGGCUUCAGACAGCGCCACUGACCACAGCUGCGGAAAAAUUAAGAUGUUACAGUGACUGUAUUUUCACUUAUUGGCACAUUUAUGUCAAGGCCACAUUUCUGCCGUCACCCAUGUCCUAUUUCCCCGCUGCUCACGCUGCAGAUCUGUACAUACCAUGUGUUUGAAGAAAGGUCCUGAGAGGCAGUGAGUGCCUGUCCUGCUGCUGGGCUGGAUUUGGGGCACGCUGAAACAGCUGGAGGCUCGUUGGGGCUCUACUGCAGAUGAGGAAGAGUGAAGUGUCUGCAAUAUUAACACGGAAGCAUCAUUGCCAGGCUGUGUUUUGUGCUGUGAACAGGCCCUUGCUACGCACAGGCACCGGGAACCGCGGUCACUGCUGUCGCAUGAAGCCGGAGAGUUCCAGUGAGCUCCCUCUCUCCUUCACUCGGCCUCUCCCCCGUCACAAGCAGCCUGUGCAUCUCCAGAUUCGCUCAAGCUCAACAUCGGGCUCGCCUUGCUGACCCCGGGCUGCGCGAAUGCCAAGAAAGCGACAGCGCCUCGUUGGCUGUGGGGCCUUUCUCGCACCACGAAACCCAAGGGGCAGAACUCCCUGCUGGGCUGGGCGAGAGCAGCUCUGCCACAGGCAGCCCCUCUCCUCCCUCCCUCCUUCCCUCCCUCCCUCCCCAUCCCGCUGUCGUGGUGAAGCUCUCCUCAGAUGUAGCAUAUUUUUUAUACAUGGCAUGCGAUAUAAAUAGCAGUGAGCUGCAUGCGUGUUAGCAGUCAACAUAGUUUGGGAAGCUGCCGUGUGCUGCCGGCACUGGGAUUGCUUUGGUUGGGUCUGAGUGCCGCUGGCAUCCCUGGCUGCCUGUCCCUCACCGCUCCCCGCUCGCAGCAAAGCCCUCCUGCCUUCAUCCAGCCCAGGCAUCCCUAGGGAAUGGUGCAUUAUGCCCGGCUCGCUGCCACCAGGCUCUGGCACGCCAUGUAGCUCGCUCUGAAACAUGCAGGGAAAUGCUGGAGCAAUCUUACCAAAGUCCUCAGGGAAAAAAAUCCAGACAUGAGGGCCUGAGGACAUGGCUGGAAAAUGCCUGGACAAGCAACACUGCUGUCAAACCCCCGCCAACUGCCCUGCCCCAAGGGGGUUUGCACAGGGCUAGCGUGCGUGUGCGAGCAUCACCUCCAGCUAGCAGCUCUCCAGGAGAAAGGGGCCUUUUAAUGACAUGGGAUUGCAUCUGCGUGGCCAGGAGUUGUGUCCAGCUGUGGGCAAGGCAGUGUGUUCCUCUGAGAGAAUUCUCCUGCGUGUUCCUCAGCCAGCACAGAAAUAGCAGCUGCGCUUGGCAAUUGCUCCCUGACCACGCACUGAGAUUUCCCUUCCCAGCGCAGACUUUGGAUUCCUGCUGAAAUACAAGGGCUGUACCUGUCCCUUGUACCUGGUGCACAACCGUGUUUUAAACCUCCUUAAAACAUCUCCUUGAUGUCACAAGAGGACUGCGAGCAGCAAGAGCCACAGCUCAUCUCUGUGCAAGUAAAACUUAAAAAAACCCAGAGGGUGGUAAAGAAAAAAAAAAGUGUCUUUUUUUUUUUUUCCCUGUGAAUUUGUUUAUGAAGUUAUCAGCUAUUGAUAAUUCAGUGUGUACAAUUUUAAUGGCUUUUUACUUCAUAUUGGUCCUUUCAGGUAUUUUGCCAUAGUUUUGAAAAAGGGACUUUUAAAGGACAAAAGAUGUACCUUUGGAGCUGCCACAGCACCCUGGGAAGGGCCAUCCUGACGCUGGGAGUGGCUUAUGGGAUUACACUGGGCACUGUGGCAGGCUGGUGCUGAGCAAAGGGCUGCAGCAUUGCUGUGGGAUCCCACUGGAGUCAGCUGCACAGGAGGAUGUCCAAGCUUCAAUAAAUAAACACAAAAUAACCCCACAGGGCCAGGCUGUCAUCCUCUAUCAGCCUGCUAAGCUGUUCUGGGAGGAUUUUGCGUUAUUUCAGUAUUGCCUUUUAGGUGAAACACAUCUUCAAAAAAGGAGGAGAAUGGCAGGAAUGCUUAGUCCUGCCCUGCCCUGCGACUUGCUCUGUGUCAGGGGGUUGGUUUGCAUCCUCUCUUGUAGCUGGUUUUCCCUCUGUUACAGCUGUACAUAGAACUGAUGAUUAUUUCAUUAAAGGUGAAUGUACCUGUUGUUUUUUUGCCUUGUGAUUGAGUGGGCAGCUAUGGAGAGAUUUUAUAUGUGAAAGGAUUAACUCACAGUGGUGCUCUGUUGUGUCCAGCUUUUUCAGGCAGUCAUACAGUGAGCAGACAGAAAUCUUAAUGUUGGUGGCAGAUCCAAAUUCUUUGGAGGUUUGCUCCUCCUCUGCCCUUUCUAUGAUGUUUCCUUUUGGUUGCUGGUCAAUCAUUUCCACUACAGAGUCCUGGCUGCCCAGGGACUGCUGUAAGGAAUUUGUGAAGGAUCACAAAUCUCUGGCAACUAAGAAAAGCCAUCCUGCUGCCCCAUGGUUAAACCCCUAUUAGAUACCCUGUGGCACCAGAGGAAAAUGUUUGAGGCUAUGCAGACUGACAAGGGUCAAACCCCCCUGCCAAUGGAAUGGCACAGCUCUGAUUCCAUGCAGGAGGUUUGGUUUCUCUGCAAGCUGCUUCCUGCUCCCAAGGCCUGGGAUUGCUGUUUCCAGAUGCACAGUUUGGUGCUGACAGCGUUCAGGUUGGGGCAUUUUGGGAGGGGGAGCAGCACAUUUGGUGUUUUGGCACUUCCUGUGACAGAUCAAAUCAGUCCCACACCCUAAAUGGUUUGUUUUUGCAUAAUGUCCUUCAUGUAAUUUCUUGAGACACUUUAAAAUGUACACAAAAUGCGGGGAAAGUUAUACAUUUUUAAUAGUAUUAAUACUAUUUAUUCUUUCAGGUUUACAGAACAAGAUAUAGGCUCAUAACAGCCGCUAAUGACUUAAUUAAGAUUCUCUACUCCUUCCUUAUGAUUAGAGAGUAGAACAUUAAUAAAACAUUUAUUCUUUCAUAGAAGGAAUGAUAAAUUUACUAUUGUGAAAGAGUGCCGGGCCAGGGAACCUGUGAGGAUGUGGCUGCGUGGUUGUGCCAGAGCACCAAAGGGUGCCCUGACUUUAGGACCAUCAUCCUCACCAACAGCUAAAAUAAUCUGGAAUUACCAUAGAAUCACAGGAUCAUUCAGGCUGGAAAAGACCUCUAAGAUCACCAAGCACUGCCAAGGCCACCACUAAACCAUGUCCCCAGGUGCCACAUCUACAUGUUUUUAAAAUCCCUCCAGGGAUGCUGACUCCACCACUGCCCUGGGCAGCCUGUUCCAAUGCUGGACACUCCUCUCAGGGAAGAACUUUUUCCUGAUAUCCAAUCAUUUUUAUAGCCACAUUCAGCUUGCUUAUGAGCUGUCUGGCUCCUUACCCAGAAAUUCAUUGCUUGCUGUCCUCUGAAUUAUGGAAGUGGUUCUUCAGCUCACCCCACAGCCUGUGCUGCUGCUUUUGUCCCAGAUGUUUCCAGUGCUCUCCUCAGUGGGGACAAUUCAGCUCCAUAUCCAACAAGUUCCCUGUUCCUGCUCUGCUCUGCUGUGUAAUUUUGAAUAUUUUCAUCUCCCACAGCUUUUUUUAUAUUAGCAGCAAAGAAAAGGGUGGUUAAAUAGUAUAAGUCACACGCAGAAAGGCUUCCAGGGAGAUAAAAAGCUUUUCUGUUAAGUCAACACUGAGCCCAGCAGAAAACAAGUGUAUCCAUUGAAAAAUUCCUUGUGGAAACUGCCAGUAGACAAUGAUGGCAGAAACAAAUAUUGCAUUUUCUUUCCUGCUCUGGGUCAGCAAAAGUGGAUUAGAAAUGCACAGGGCCGGAUCUCCAGCUGCUGAAGGUCACAGCAGCUCUACAGGCUUCAAAGCACUGACUCUGGAGCAGCCAGAAAUCUGGUGUUUGAAUCCAAGAUGCAAUCCCCACACAAAUCAUGGACAUUCUCACAUGCAACUUGUAAUAAAAGUGAAGAUAUGGUUGUGGGGGGGUCUUGCUGUUGCUUUUGUGAGGUUUGGGCUGUUAUGUUUUUUUCACAAAUGUAUGUAAGAAAUGGAGUAAAUUCACAAAAUACA